UUUGUAAUCCAAGAUGCGUCUAUUGUUAAGAAUUUGUUUCAUUAUCAAUUGAAAGUAUUUCACAUUUUCUUUAUUAUUUACAUUUUGAUUAAUAGAAAUUUGUUGUUAAAUUUUUAAUUUUUUUUUUGUUUCCAUACAUGUAACACGUUAGGCGAAUCCCACAUCGACAAAGUACGAGAGAGAUCCAUGGUUCAUAAGUAGGAAAUUGACUUUAACUGACAAGACGCGUUUUGGGGUGAAAUGGAGGAGUUAUAGUGAGAACUUCGAAGUUAAACAUGCUCAGUGUGGAGUAAAACAAGGAUGGGUGACCUUAUGAGAAGUCACCUUGAAUUGCACCCCAAGUCAAAAACUUAUGAGGGUCGAAGAGGCCCAAAGCGGACAAUAUCUUCGUCGGGAAAAGAUUGGGGAUAUUACAACAACCAUGGGCGGGAAAGUGGGAAAAUGGAAUUGAAAAAAAAAGUGGGAAAACAUAAAGGUUUCACUUUCACCCCAAAUUCUCUCUAACCACGCAAAAUGGUAUUUUUUUUUGGUUUAUUUACAAUUAUAUUUGUGAUGUGUAUUGUAACAUCCUGAACCUUUUCCUGAAAAGAUAUUGUCGGCUUUGAGCCUCUACACUCGCACGGAUUUCGACUUGUGGUGCAAUUCAGUGUGACUUCCCAUAAGGACACUCAUCCUCGUUGUACUCCACACUGAGCACGUUUAACUUCAGAGUUCUCACAAGAACCCCUCCAUUUCACCCCAAAACACGUCUUGUCAUUUAAGGUCGGUUCACUACUUAUGAACUAUGAAUCACUCUCGUAUUUUGUCGGGAUUCGUCUAAUGUCUUACAGUUGUGGAGAGUGCAAAGAAGCCCAAACAGGAAAAAAAAAAAAAACUUUGGAAACGUAUUGGUCUCCGCGGUCUGUGGAUAAAAUAUUCUUGGCUGGGCCAAAACCAAAGCCUUAGGCAUCAGAGAUCUGACCGUACUCACAGUAAAAAGGAGCCCAUAUGUUGGAAGCCCAAGCCCAAGACAGAACCGAAUCGGAAUUGGACGUGAGAGACGGUGAGAGGGGCAAAAUCGUCAGACGGAAAAUUGCCCGAAAUCCGAUUCAUCGCCCCCUAUAUAAUCCUCGAUCCUCAAAAACUAGGGUAUAUAAGCUCCCCAAAUUCUCUCCGCCCAAAAUUUCCCGAACCCACACCGCAGAAUCAAACGUUCGAACGCCCAAACCUCCGUCGCCACCUCCAUCUGUAAAUCAUCUCUUCCCUUUCCUCCUCUCUUCCAUUUCCGAUUCCUGUCUCAAUUUCUUCCGGAACUUCCGAUUUCUCGCUUCUCCUAUCUCCGGUGUUUGCUUCCGUGCGAAUUCUUGUUCAUGUUUCCUCCGGUUGCUGAUCAUGAUGCUGGGGGUGGGGGAGAGAGUUUUGACUUGAUCGUCUUUCUUAUGCGUUUUCUGUUUGUUUGGUGUGCGCAGAUCUUUGGCUAGUUAUGGCGACGUUCGAGCUCUACAGGAGAUCGACGAUUGGGAUGUGCUUGACGGAGACUUUGGACGAGAUGGUUCAGAGUGGUACCCUCAGUCCGGAGCUCGCGAUCCAGGUCCUGGUUCAGUUUGAUAAGUCUAUGACUGAGGCACUAGAAACGCAAGUGAAGAGCAAGGUCACGAUCAAGGGGCAUUUACACACAUACAGAUUCUGCGACAAUGUAUGGACCUUCAUAUUGCAGGAUGCAUUAUUCAAGAACGAAGAAACCCAGGAGAACGUGGGCCGUGUUAAGAUAGUAGCAUGUGAUUCGAAGCUGCUCACACAAUGAGGUUCUGGGAAGCGAUGAACCCCAUUCGGUAACUCUUGAUGGUAAGGCGAGGAAGGAUGGGAGCAUGAUGAAGGAGCACUGAAACCGGGAACUAGUUUUACCAAAAUUUCAAAAGAAAAAAAGAAAAGAAUAUUGUUGUAUAGCCAUCAUCCAUCAUGAUCAUCAUCAUCUCAAACCCCUCUUAUCAUCUUGAUGUUUGCAAGAGAACAGAGAACUUCUGGCUCUGGAUUAUAUAUCAUGCUUUAUUUUGUAAGUUCUUAUCUUUUUUAAGACUUUCCGAGAAAUUAUCAAUGUUGUUAUGAGAUGAUGAGACAGAGAUGUAGUAGUGAAUUGAGAGUUGAGAAGUCCACUGUGGACUAUUAUUCCAUCAAUGUCAGUCUAUCAAUUGUAACGCCAUGAAUUCUUUUUCUAUACCCUCUACCGGGUGCUGUCUCGUGAAUUGUUUGCAGGUUAUUUCCUCUUCUGUUCAAGGGUUCUUUGGUUCUGUGUUUGUUCUUGGUCUGCAGCGUCUAACAAACAGGUUAAUCCAUG